AUGAAUUCAACAUACAAGAAGCAAAACACUUUAACAUUGAGAGAAUUUGACAUGAGCGCAGGUCUGAUGGUCGAUGGCGUAAGAGAUCCCACUCCCCGCCAUGGUCAUUGCGCGCACACAAACCAAUCUCUGACCGAUCCGAAUUGGAUUCAAGUUGACAUGGAGAGAGAGUACCAGGUUGAUUACGUUGCUCUUCUUAGCAGGGAUACUAUAUCGGAAUAUGUUAGGUUACGUCUGUCUAACUUCAUCAUCGGUCUGACGUCAUCAAGCGCUGCAGUUGAACCACCAAUCAGAGGACAGUACCCUCUGUGUGCAACCUACCCUGGAGAUGUUCCAGUUGCUUCCAGGGUCAUCCUCCAAUGCAACGCCAACCUGCCUGCCUACCGUUACAUCAUCGCUCACCAAGCCGCUGGUGCCAGCGAUGGAUAUUUUUCCGUUUGCGAGUUGGAAGCUUAUGAAGCACUGCUGGCUACAGAAAAAAUGUGGACUUCUAAGAACAAUCAACAAUUGCUGAAUUACAUUUUCAUGGAGUUUGAAGCCGACAGACCUUCCUUAUGUGUAGGCCAGUGCAUGAAAGUUGGAGCGUACAACUGUGACUCGUUCAAUUUCAACUACCUGCUAAGAAUAUGCCAGCUGAACCAGCACAGGAAUGGAUUUCUUAUUGGGAAUUUGGUUACCGAACCGGGUUGGACAUUCUGGAAUGCUACAUACGCUCACAUUGGAAGUUUUUGA